AUGUUCAAAAUUCUUAUUAUAAUCUCUCUAAUAAUCAAAACAUGUUCAUCCACUCGUGUGUGGACUUGGGAUGAUUAUCCAUCUUUUAGUGAAAAUGGGAGAUGUCAUGUCUCAAAACCAACAUAUGUUUGUGAUCCUGAUAAACUGUUAACUGAUGAACAGAGACAGGAAAUUGUUGAUUUAGUUGAGGAUUUUAAGGAAAAAACAAAAAGGCCCAAUUCAAUAGUUCCUUGUAUGAGAGAAGGUCUCAGACUUGUGGUGGCUUAUGCAAAAUAUAAAAUUACUGAUAAUUCUUCCUCUGGACGAACAGAUUUGUGCUCAAGUUGGAGGUCCUCUGAUAAUACAAUUUGCGAUUCAGAUAUGCACGGAAUUGAAUUAAAUGAAGAUGGUUUUAGUUAUUGCUAUUCAGCAUCACGUUGGUUAAUGCCCCUUCGUAAAUUUAUUUAUGAAGAUCUUAGCAAGCUAUAUUAUGUCAGAAUAACAGCUAGAACUCAUUAUCUUGUAAAAUAUCAUCUUAAAGACUUGGGCAAUUUCUACAGAAGCCGAUUCUCAGAAUUCGACAACAUUAUUUCGAAUGAAAAUAACAUAAAACUAUCAGAAGUCCAACAUUCGUUGCAAGAUACUAAGAAAACUUUAGCAGAAAUACAACAAACACUUGAUCAGCAGAACAAAACAUUGACUAAUUUUCAUGUAGCAAUAGAAGAGACUAACAAAAAAUUAUCGGAGAUUAGACAAUUAUUAACACAAGAUCAAAUGAUUAAUGGGAAAAAUAUAACUAUGGAGGAAGAAAAGGAAUGA